CGGAGCGGGGCCGGUUCUGCGCUGCCGCCGUGCGGCGCCCGGAGCCCGCCCACCCUCCUGCCCCGUGCCCUCUGCACAGCCACGGGCCUGGGCCUGGGCUUGGGCCCGGGCGGCGGCUGCUCCCGCCAUGGUGCGGUGCGGCGCGGCGGUGCUGCGGAAGUACAGCAACUUCAUAGACGAUUUGCGGGUCUAUGUGAGAGGAGGAACUGGUGGAAUGGGUUAUCCUAAUCUGGGAGGGGAAGGAGGAAGAGGUGGUGAUGUCUGGUUCGUCGCCAGAGAAAGGACUACCUUAAAGAGCAUUAGAGAGAAAUAUCCCCAGAAGCGAUUUGUAGCUGGAACUGGAGCCAACAGCAGUGUUAAAGCUCUAAAAGGUGAAAAAGGAAAAGACUGUGAAGUUCAUGUGCCUUUGGGAAUUUCAGUUCUUGAUGAUGAUGGCAAGCAAAUUGGAGAGCUUAAUGCAGCAGGAGAGAGAUUCUUAGCAGCUCGUGGAGGUCUUGGAGGCUCUUUGGCUACAAACUUUCUGCCUUGCAAAGGUCAGAGGAGAAGUGUUCACCUUGAUUUGAAACUUAUAGCAGAUGUUGGCUUAGUUGGGUUUCCAAAUGCAGGAAAGUCAUCCUUGUUAAGCAAGAUUUCGCAUGCCAAACCUGAGAUUGCAAAUUAUGCAUUCACAACAAUACAGCCUGAACUUGGAAAGAUCAUGUAUGCAGAUUAUAAGCAGAUUUCAGUAGCUGAUCUCCCAGGACUGAUUGAAGGUGCACAUGCAAACAAAGGAAUGGGCCAUAAAUUUCUCAAACAUGUAGAGAGAACCAAACAGCUUCUCUUAGUUGUUGAUAUUUCUGGGUUUCAGCUGUCUAUGAAGACUCAGUUCAGAACAGCCUUUGAAACGAUAUUGCUUCUAACAAAGGAACUGGAACUGUACAAAGAGGAACUUGUAACGAAGCCUGCGCUUCUUGCCAUUAAUAAAAUGGAUUUGCCUUGUGCAAAGGAUAACUUGGAUGAACUUAUGACACAACUUGAGAAUCCUCAGGACUUCUUUCACUUACUAGAGGAAGAAAUGAUUCCAGAAAAUACUCUUGAAUUCAGAGAGGUGAUUCCUAUAUCUACAUAUACUGGAGAAGGAAUUGAGGAACUCAAAACAUGUCUAAGAAAAUCCAUAGAUGAGCAAGCAGAGCAGGUGAAUGAAGAAUAUCGGAAAAAGAAGCUCCUGCUUUUACAAACUUCCAAAGAAGGACAAAUGAAUAGAAGCUGACGUUCCUGAAUGGAUCCAGCACAUUUCAAUAUUUUACCUGUGUACAUUGUUCCCUCUUCCCUCACUGCCUGCUUCCCUCCAUUUGUUUAGGCAGGUGGGGAGGGCACAGUGGGGAAAGUGACAAGUUUUUUUUAUUUACGUUGGCAAAUGAUGAUCCCUGGAAUAUUUUUUUCCAAGUGAGAGGAAUGGAGGGAAUAUAACUUGCACAACGGAGUAAGUUCAACAACUCUGCAUAUCCUGUGGGCAUCAGAAGAAC